AUGGGCCGAGGUCACAUAACUAAACGCGAGCUGUGUAUACAGCGGAUGAGGGAGAUCCAUGAGCUGUCGAUGCUCGCCGUGGACAAUGAGGCACAGAGGCCAAAUUUCCUAGUUAGAUACCCUACCGUGGCUGGACUGAUUAAGGAUUUUGAGGCGGCUCACCUCAAAAUAAUCCAAGACGCCUCAGACGAGGAGUUUACCGCGGAAGACGCAAUCCGUAAAGAAUUCGAUACGAUACGCUUCGGAGUAAUCGGGCGUUAUGAGAAAUUUGUGGGCGCCGACCGAGCGGCCGCCGCGGCCGCUCAGGCCCCGGUCCAAACGUUGUCUAUCCGACUGCCCAAAAUCUCACUUCCGGAAUUCUCGGGAGAUCUCGCGCUUUGGCCCUCGUUCAUCGCGUUGUUCAACGUUUCUAUUCACGAGAAUCGGAGCAUCUCCUCCAUGGAGAAGUACCAAUAUCUGGUAGCCUCAUUGAAAGGAGAAGCGCUCAACGUCGUGAAGAACCUCCCCCUCUCCGCCGAUAACUACGCGAUAGCCUACGACGCCCUGAUUUCGCGAUAUCAGAAUAAGCGGAACUUAGCGGAUUACCACGUGGACUUAAUGCUAAACGCCAAGCCGUUAAAAUUGGAGUCAGCCGCCCCUCUCCGCACGUUGUUGAACACAUUUACCGAAAAUACGCAAGCAUUGAACUUGUUAGGGUUCCCCACGGGCUCUUGGGACUAUUGA